GACCUUGGAAGGUACCCAGUCCCAGCCAUGCCAGCACGUGCAACAUAACGACGUGUAAUGUUGUGUAUGAUAUACUCAGUGCUCACGGGGAUUGCCGGUAAGUUUUUCAGCGAUCAUAGACUUUCCAGCUUCAGCUGAGAAAUGGAGAAGGUUCAACUGGUAGACGAUCCCAUUGACUUCCCCAAGGAAGAGGAAAAGAUCUUGGAAUUGUGGAAGAAGCUAGAUGCCUUCCAGACAUCUCUGAAACAGUCCAAGGGAAAACCACGGUAUGCUUUCUAUGAUGGACCACCGUUUGCCACCGGUCUGCCCCACUACGGGCACAUCCUGGCCGGUACCAUCAAGGACAUAGUGACCAGGUACGCCCACCAGAGCGGCUUCCACGUGGACAGGAGGUUUGGUUGGGACUGCCAUGGACUGCCAGUGGAGUAUGAGAUCGACAAGACUCUCGGCAUUAAGGGUCCAGAGGCUGUUGCCAAGAUGGGCAUCGAAGCCUACAACAACGAAUGCCGCAAGAUUGUGAUGCGGUACUCCAGUGACUGGGAGUAUAUCGUGACACGCUUGGGUCGAUGGAUCGACUUCAAGAACGACUACAAGACGCUGUACCCUUGGUUCAUGGAAUCCAUCUGGUGGGUCUUCCGGCAGCUGUUUGACAGCGGUCUGGUCUACCGGGGAUUCAAGGUGAUGCCAUUCUCCACAGCUUGCAAUACACCCCUCUCCAAUUUUGAGUCUGGACAAAACUACAAAGAUGUGGUGGACCCCGCAGUGAUUGUCAGCUUCCCCUUGGACGAAGACCCAAACGUCAGCGUUAUUGCCUGGACAACUACCCCAUGGACGCUGCCCAGCAACCUGGCACUUUGCGUCCACGCCGACAUGGAUUAUGUCAAGAUCGUUCACAAAAAGGACAGCAAGGUUUACAUCAUGAUGGAGGCCAGGCUACCGGCCUUGUUCAAAGGGGAAGAUGAAUAUGAGAUUCUUGGAAAGUUCAAAGGCAGUGCUUUGAAAGGGAAAGGCUACCAACCGCUCUUCAGUUACUUUGCCGAGCUCAAGAAGACUGGGGCCUUCAAGAUCCUGAAUGAUGGCUAUGUGACCGACGACAGCGGCACCGGCGUAGUUCACCAGGCUGCCUACUUUGGUCAGGACGAUUACCGGGUUUGUUUAGAGAAUGGCGUGAUCACCAAGGAGAUGAUCAUCUGCCCCGUGGACUCCAGCGGGAAGUUCACCAGUGAGGUCACAGACUUUGCUGGCCAGUACGUCAAAGAUGCUGACAAGCAGAUCAUCAAGUGGCUGAAGAACCAGGGGCGUCUUGUGGACCACAGCAUCUACAAGCACAGCUACCCGUUCUGUUGGCGGUCUGAGACCCCCCUGAUAUACAAAGCCGUGCCCGGCUGGUUUGUGAGGGUGGAACCCCUGGUGGAGAAACUCCUGGCCAACAACCAGAAGACAUACUGGGUGCCGGAAUUUGUCAAGGACAAGCGUUUUGCCAACUGGCUGCGGGAUGCCCACGACUGGGCGGUGUCCCGCAACCGCUAUUGGGGCACGCCCAUCCCGCUGUGGGUGAGCGAGGACAUGGAGGAGGUGGUGUGCGUGGGGUCCAUGGCUGAGCUGGAGGAACUGACGGGGACCAAGAUCACCGACGUCCACCGUGAAAGCGUUGACAAUCUGACCAUUCCCUCCAAGCGGCCCGGUAAGCCUCCACUCAAGAGGGUCAGCGAAGUCUUUGACUGCUGGUUUGAAAGCGGAAGCAUGCCUUACGCCCAGACGCACUACCCCUUCGAGAACAAGAAGGAGUUUGAGGAUUCUUUCCCGGCUGACUUCAUCGCUGAGGGCAUCGACCAGACACGAGGCUGGUUUUACACCCUGCUGGUGCUGUCCACGGCUCUCUUUGACAAGCCCCCCUUCAAGAACCUGAUUGUCAACGGCCUCGUCCUCGCGGCAGACGGACAGAAGAUGAGCAAGAGGAAGAAGAACUACCCUGACCCCAUGGGCAUUGUCCACAAGUAUGGAGCGGAUGCGCUCAGGCUCUAUUUGAUCAACUCCCCUGUUGUGAAGGCGGAGACUCUUCUCUUCAAGGAGGAGGGCGUCAAAGAUGUCAUCAAGGAUGUCUUCUUGCCUUGGUACAAUGCCUACCGGUUCUUCAUUCAGAAUGUCCAACGACUAUGCAAGGAGGAGAACACUACUUUCCUGCACAACGAGCGGACUUUCCAGCUGUCGGAGAACUACCUGGAUCGGUGGAUCCUGUCGGCCUGCCAGAGUCUCAUCGCGUUUGUCAAGCAAGAAAUGGCGGCCUAUCGCCUUUACACGGUCGUCCCUAAACUUGUCAAGUUUGUUGACACGCUAACCAACUGGUAUGUACGUUUUAACAGGAAACGCUUGAAGGGAGAGGGUGGCCGAGCUGACUGUGAGAGCGCCCUCAACACCCUCUACAGCGUUCUCUUCAGCAUGGUGCGCAUCAUGGCUCCCUUCACCCCCUUCCUGACCGAGCAGAUGUACCAGAACCUCCAGCAUCUGCUGGACACCGAGGCCGCCCAGGGGCAGGACACGGCUAGCGUCCACUACCUGAUGCUCCCCCAGCCGAGGGAGAACCUCGUGUACACAACCAUUGAGCGGGCUGUCAGUCGCAUGCAGAGCGUGAUUGAGCUGGGUCGAGUCAUCCGAGACCGCAACACCAUGCCCUUCAAGUACCCGCUGCCGGAGGCUGUAGUGAUCCACGCUGAACAAGAAUGCUUGGAUGAUGUCAUGUCCUUGGAGCAAUACAUCAAAGAGGAGUUGAACAUCCGUUGUGUGACCACCUCUCAAGACAAGGAGAAGUACGGCGUGUCCCUGCGGGCUGAGCCGGACCAGGCUGUCCUGGGCCGACGCCUGAAGGGCGACCUCAAGAAGGUGGCCCAGGCGGUGCGGGAGCUCACCGACGCACAGCUGGAGGGCCUGAGGAAUAGUGGACAGAUCGAGAUCCACGGUCACGUGAUCGAGGAGAAGGAGCUGAGGCUGAGCUACAUGUUCGCGCAGACCCAGGACGGGGGGAAGGCCAAAUACGAGGCUCACUCGGAUAAUCAGAUUCUGGUUCUCCUUGAUGUCACACCUGACCAAUCCAUGGUGGACGAAGGAAUCGCUCGGGAGGUCAUCAACCGUAUCCAGAGACUUAAAAGAAAGGCAAAGCUUUUACCAUCAGCCGACGUCACCAUCUUCUAUCAAGUCAACCCAGCCUCCGACCGACUAUCAGACAUCAUCCAGUCACAUGGCGAGUACAUCUACUCAACCAUCAAGCAUAACAUGUUCUCAUUCCCGGUGGCAGCCGGGGAGGAGAUCGUUCGGGAAAUGUUCCAGCUCAAAGGAGUUGAACUAGAGUUGGUCCUUCUCCAAGGUCAGACAAAAUCCGCUGCCUCGGCGGCUCCGUUGACAUCCAACGGUCCGGCCCCCUUCUGCAGAUUCGUCAAUGUGGAGCUGUGUGAGGCCCAGUCCCAGUGCGGCGCCACGUCGAGGCAGGGCACCAUACUGCUGGAGAACCCAAGAGGGGAUUUCCCCAUCUCGGUCCCCGAGCUGGUGAAGCAGGUUGGCGUGGUGUUCGGUCUCCAUGGCGUAAAAGUUGGGCUGUACAGGUCAAAGAGCAGGUCUAAUGAAUUAACUUCGGACACUCUUCGAGAUGUGUUCUCUCUUCAUGGUAACACCGUCUAUGCUUUUGUCCAAAAGUAGAGAGCAAUCAGGAGCUCAAAUUUCAUUUCAUCAGUGUUUUGGCGUUUCUGCCUUCUGCUGUCAAAUUAAGAAUAAUAAAGUUGGAAGAUGUCAACCAAGUUGUGUGUGGCACAAGAAAAGAGUGCGUACACGUAGCGGAAACCAUUGCCAGGAGAUGGCACGCACGUAUUGACAUUUUUACUUGGGAUGCAUUAUUGGUACACAGUGAGAAUGAAUGCCGUUCAAAAUGCGGACAGUUUUUUAUUGUCAAGAAUCACUGUUGGAGCACAUUUCUCCAGCAGGGACAUUUUCCUCAGAUGAAUGGUGCUCGUCUCCCUCCGAAGCACCAACUCUGAUAAAAAAAAAAGAAAAGAAACGGCAUUCAUUCUUUGGCCUUCCACUCCAUAUGCGGGAUGUCGUGUGAUAAAGAAUACUCACUCGGCACAAGGAAGGGAAGACUCGGGUACCGAAGCAAGACUUGUGUGCUAGAAGCGCUUCUCAGGAAAGUUCGCAUAAUUUAUUGUCAAAUGAUUAACAGGUCGACAAGUUGACUGGUCAAGAAAAUUCAAUUUCAAUAAGAUUGUGGGGGUUGAUGGUGUAUUGUUUGGACUGGUAUUGUAUUGUUAUUGGAUCCCUGGAACGGAACCAAACCACACCCUCCAGUCUGUGAUGGAGUCGAGUCCCUCGCUUCACUCUUCCCCCCCCACCACCAAAUCUGGCCUUUGUGUCUAUCUUCAACUUCCGGUUUCCAUUUUAUGAAUUUACUCCUGCAAGCCAAGGUGCUAAAGCUUAUUAGAGCUCCUUUUUUGCCUGCCGCCUAAGCAUCCAUUUGUGUGAUGUGAACCUCACUAAAGGUUUAGUUAAUCUCCAUGUGGUUGCCUUGGUAACUGUUUGAAACUGAUAGGGAUAUAAUCUGUUGAUUGUGUUGGUGAUGGCGGAUGAUGGUAGUCUUUUCUUUAAACGUAUCUGUGUUGCAAUUAAUGUAAUGGACAAUGAGGCAAUUCAUUUAUCAAGGUCUCUUCACACGUUUUGCGUCUCUGAGUGGACUAACAGGACAGUGGAGUGAUGUACAUCUUGCUUUUCAUAUCUUAUAAUUCUCUUUUCAGUUUAGGCGUUUAGUUUACACAUUGCUUGUAACGUCAUUAAGAUUAAAAAUUAAAUAAUACUAAAGUGAAAUAUCA